GCUGUGCUGCGCCUUGUCACCUCCCCCAGCGCCGUCUGACAGUGUCGGGAACGCGCAGCGGAGACAGACAGCGGAGUGGCCGGAGACUGGACACAGGGAUUUCGUGACCUUCCUCCCCCGUGUACAUGACAUCAUGCCAGCAGCGUCUCUGACAUUCUGUCACUGUGAAGAUUACUGAAGAGAGCCGCGAUUCUCUGCACUCGCAUUUCUUGGGACAGCGGAACAAAGACGUCCACAAAUGAAUAACCGCAAGGAGGACAUGGAGAUACCGUCGCACUACCGGCAGCUGCUGCACGAGCUGAACGAACAGCGCCAACAUGGCAUCCUCUGCGACGUCUGCGUCAUCGUGGAGGGCAAGGUCUUCAAGGCGCACAAAAACGUCCUCCUGGGCAGCAGCCGCUACUUCAAGACCCUUUACUGCCAGGUGCAGAAAACGUCCGAACAGGCCACCGUCACCCAGCUGGACAUCGUCACCGCCCAGGGCUUCAAGGCCAUCAUAGACUUCAUGUACUCGGCCCACUUGGCACUGACCAGCAAGAACGUCAUCGAGGUGAUGUCCGCCGCCAGCUACCUCCAAAUGACGGACAUCGUCCAAGCCUGCCACAGCUUCAUCAAGGCCGCGCUGGACAUCAGCAUAAAGAACGAGUCUUCUGAGGAUCUGACCGACUACGAGAUGGGCGCCCCGUCCAGCAGCGCCGAGGCCCUCCUUUCCGCGGUGGUGGCCGGCCGCAGCAUCUCCCCCUGGUUGACGAGGAGGACGAGUCCCACCAACUCUUCCGGGGACUCGGCCAUCGCCAGCUGCCAUGAAGGCGGCAGCAGCUACGGGAAGGAGGACGCCGAGCAGAAAGUGGACAGUCAGGACGAGGUGUCCUCUCUCUGGGCCAGCGAGGGAUGUUACGGACCAUUGCGUGUGAAAGAGGAGCAGGACUCCCCAACCCAUUACAUUGGUGGUGGCAAGGGCGAUCAGGCUGUUUACGUGGAACAGGGGGACAGCUGGCAGAAUAACGGGCGGCGAAAGAAUAGGAAAAACAAAGAGACAGUCAGGCAUAUCACUCAGCAGAUGGUGGAGAACUGCAGACCCGGCUCGCCAGAACCGUCCUUUAUAUCCAGCACGCAGUGGCAGUACAACAACCAAGACAACUCCAGUGACGACGUGACGGUGAUCGAGCCAGGCAGUUCGGACAGCCGGGAGGAACGGGUAGACUUGUACUCGCAGGGCGAGGAGUCCCUUCAAGGCGGAGAGGGCAGCUAUAUUACCCACACGCUGGGGCUGGAGAAGGACGACUCUCACCCGCAGGUCACCAGCAUCUCCAACAUCUCCAACCUGCGCAGCGCCCUCCUGAGCAAGAACAGCCUGCUGUCCCUCAAGGCCGAUCUGGGGGAGGAGAGCUCGCUGCUGUUUGAAUACCUGCCCAAAGGUACCCACUCGCUCUCUCUCAAUGAAUUCACCGUCAUCCGUAAGAAGUUCAAGUGUCCGUACUGCAGCUUCUCCGCCAUGCACCAAUGCAUCCUGAAGAGACACAUGCGCUCUCACACGGGGGAGCGGCCCUAUCCCUGUGAGAUCUGCGGCAAGAAGUUCACCAGGAGGGAGCACAUGAAGCGCCACACUUUGGUCCACAGCAAGGAUAAGAAGUACGUGUGCAAGGUGUGCAAUCGCGUCUUCAUGUCUGCCGCCAGCGUGGGCAUCAAGCACGGCUCGAGGAGGCACGGGGUGUGCAUGGACUGUGCAGGAAGAGGCAUGGCCCGCGGAGGCCACUCCCCCGACGGCGUGUACUCGGGGGAAGGGCACUACAUAGAAGACGUAGACGAGCUCAAGGUGGACGAGGAUAUGGGAGGAGAGGAGGACGACGACAUCAAGUGGAAGGACGAGGCAGAGACCUCUCAGGACGACGUCAUACUGGAGGACGAUGAGAUCGAAGAUUGCACGCCGGACGUCAGCCGCGGCCCGAUUAAAGAGUUCACCUGGAUUGCCUAGUCAUGGGGGGGGUCCAGGCUGAACUUUCUAAUAAACUCCGGAGAGGGAUUUUUUUGUUUUGAGGUAACAGGCCCUUGCUGUUUGGUGUCGGGGGGUGCAGUUGGUCAUGUGAUGUUUAAGGGCCCAUACUGUGCCCAGACCAACCUGUGGGAGGAGCCUUAACACCUGGCAUAGAAAGGUUACCGUGCCCCCCGCCUGACAAAUCCUCACCCGCUGUGGUGUCCAGGGAAGGUGACCAACCGUCCCAGAUCCAUACUGUACAAAGUUUUUUGGUUUUCCCCCUCAUCAUCCACAGGCACUGCAUGAGACGUUUCAUCAAAUUACUAAUUUUUUCUUCUUUUUUUUAUUGCCCCUCCCCUUUUGAAGAGAACCUGUCUCAUACAAAGGAGAGCAGACGUCAUGAUGUUGACCACUUGCAGCUCAUCCAAUUCACCAGGAACUAGAGAAGUCUAACGGACUCCAUGCUGGACUUUUAUUAAGUCUUGGAGAAAACAGCUCCACCUAUUGUUGGGGGGAGGGGGGUGCAGGCUGGGACUCGAUCUCCAUGUUGUCACUACUCUCUGGGACCACAACGGAUGAGAUCUCCCUUCCCCCCCCUAUGGCACUGGCGUGACUUAACAAGCCGGCCCUUUCAGCCGAGUUUCCUGUGUCGCUGGCCCCAAAAAAAUGCUCUUACAUUCCUAUGAAGAAGCCACUAGAGGGCGCAAAAGAAAAUGAUGUUGCGGUGAUAAGAGUGGCCCUGCCGGGGGGGUGGGGGUAGAUCUCACAGCCAAUCAUAUCCCAGCAGGUAUUUGAAUGAUGCACCACUCCACUCCAAACAGGGAAUUCCACUUGUUCUCUAACUGCACAAAAUGGCCACCAUUGUUCUGCUUGGCUGACGCCUGACCUCUCCUGAUCCAACUGCUGUCGGGACCACUGUAACCAUUUGGAAUUGCUGAACACAGUCGGGGGAAGGUGUUUUAUAUUUAUUUGGUAGGUGUUCCUCCCACUUGGUGGAUCCAUACUGAUGGGCAGUUUCUGGGGUCUCCAAAAAGACAGUAGAUGAUCAUAGACACCUUCCUGAGGGUUGAACGUUUUAUGCAACAUCAGAGAUGCGCUCAGUGAUCAGAGGAACAUCAGUGGCGCCCUUGGUGAUCAGAGGAACGCCAGUGGUGCGCUGAAUGAUCAGAGGAACGCCAGUGGUGCGCUCGGUGAUCAGAGGAACGCCAGUGGUGCGCUCUGUGAUCAGAGGAACGCCAGUGGUGCGCUCUGUGAUCAGAGGAACGCCAGUGGUGCGCUCUGUGAUCAGAGGAACGCCAGUGGUGCGCUCGGUAAUCAGAGGAACGCCAGUGGUGCGCUCGGUGAUCAGAGGAACGCCAGUGGUGCCCUCGGUGAUCAGAGGAACGCCAGUGGUGCCCUCGGUGAUCAGAGGAACGCCAGUGGUGCCCUCAGUGAUCAGAGGAACGCCAGUGGUGCCCUCAGUGAUCAGAGGAACGCCAGUGGUGCCCUCAGUGAUCAGAGGAACGCCAGUGGUGCCCUCUGUGAUCAGAGGAACGCCAGUGGUGCCCUCGGUGAUCGGAGGAGCAUCAGUGGUGCGCUGAAUGAUCAGAGGAACGCCAGUGGUGCGCUGAAUGAUCAGAGGAACGCCAGUGGUGCGCUGAAUGAUCAGAGGAACGCCAGUGGUGCCCUCAGUGAUCAUUAUAUUAUAUAUAUAUAUAUAAUAUGUAUGUAACAGCCUUCAUUUUUUUUUUUAGAUAAAAUGCAAAUCUAUGUUUUUCAGAUCAUAUCUGAUCCGCAUCGAUUUCGCAUAAGCGUGAACCGGGGCUAAAAUUAGGAAAACAAAUGCAGCCACCACAUGUUAUCACCAGUAUCCUGCAAAAUAGUAAAUCUUUAUUUUUGGGGUUUGGAUGCUCUUAAAGGCUCUAUCCUCACUAGUGCGACUUUCAUGCGCCUCUUUCUUACACUCUUAUGGCACUUAAGUCGCAAGAAAGUCACAGCAAAGUAGUGCAGGGACCCUUUUUUUUUGGAGUCGAUGUGACUUGAGUCCCAGUAAUUAGAGCGAUUGGUAAUUGAAAUACAUGGUUUUUGUAAUGCGACUUGACAAGUUGCACUAGUGAGAACAGAGCCCAGGGCUGGAUUCACAUUUACGGGAUUUUUAGUGCAUUUUGCAGAUUUGCUCCGCAGGACGUGUUCCAUAGGAAACCAUAAUAAAUGGACUGCAGUGCAAAUCUGCAAAAUGCACUGAAAAUGCCAUGGGUGUGAAUCGGGCCGAAGUUCUUAUUAUCCCAGAUUCUGUGUACUGAGGGGGGGGGGGAGAUAUAAUUAGGGAUCAAGACUCCACCACCCUGCCAAGACCUCUCACUGCCUUUUGCAGAGGGCUGCCCUUGUACCCGUCUCAUCCAUGUGGCACCCCCCCCCUGUACAGGGCACACCCGCUGGCACAGUCCUCCCUGCUAUGUACAUCUCUAAUGAUUACAAGACAGGAAGUGGCGGCCCCCCCGGGGGGGGGGCCUCAGCGUUCCCUCUGCCCUUCCCCCAUAAUUAUAUAAUAAUUGUAUUAGUGGCUCCUGGUUAGACGCAGCUGGCUGACCACAUGCGGGAGAUUAUUCCCUUAUUAAAGAGAGAUCACGUAUGGAGUGGAGAACACUGGGAGGAGCCGAGCCCAUCUUGUCUGGUUUGAAUUCCAGGAUUGCCAUGCACCUCUCCCCUCCCAAAUCAUUUUAUCUGCUGGGGGGGGGGGGGAUACAGGAUGUAUGUCUGGUUCUGGAAAUCACAUUGGCCUUUCACUGAGUGAUAACCGCAUAAUGUGUCUGCGGCCGCCUGCUGAGACUUGUAGUUCAGCAAUCACUGACCUAAAGAGGCUGCUCAGGAGGGGAGCUCUGCAGGAGAGAGAUGCGAGGUUCCGAGCCAUCGGUGGUGUCACCUUCCCUCAGUUUUCAGAUACGGCCUCCCGGACCGCGCACAGCCCUUGGGUCUCCUGGGGAGGACUGUGGGGAGAGCUCCCUCUACAGGAGCAAGCAGGGAAAGAUUAUUUAAUGUUUAGCUGACCAUUUUCUAGGCGGCUCCUUUAACGAAAGUCGAUUGAUUUAUCCACGUUUGUUGAGCCACACAAUGCUUUGAUUUUCAGCUGAGCCAACAGGAACUGUCCGAAAUUGGGCAAUGUGUGGGCAGCUUAAAGGCACAGCUCAUCUUUUACCAAAAAAAAAAAAAAAAAACUGCUUAUGCAGGUAUGGGGCGUCUGAAGAUUCUUAUUAUUACACAGGAUUUAUAUGGCGCCAACAGUUUGCGCAGUGCUUUACAAAUUGAGGUUAAACAGUACAAAUACAGUACACUUUAAAAUUGGAGGGCCCUGCUCCUUAGAGCUUACAAUCUAAGAGGGAAGGUCAAGAGAUGCAAACAAACCAGAAACUUUGACCAAAGUUGUGUAAUGCCCUUGCUAUAGGUUUAGGCCAUCAAUGUACCUCCUGAAGCCUGGCUGAAAAACUCCCUGAUAUGGCAUCAUCCCAUUCUGCCUUGUUGCUAGGAUGUUGCUAAGACGCUAAGAAGAUGUUGCUAAGACGCUAAGAAGCUGUUCUUGCUCCACCCCCCAAGAGUGAGCUCUUUCUCUGACUCCCCUCACAUGGGAUUUCUCUCCCUGAGCUCAGAGAUGCUGCAACGGAGGAGAUGGCUAAGACAUGCCUAGCUGUUCCGGCUCAUCCCCCUCCACUAUCGCAGGGGAGAGCUCUCGAACCCCCUCCUCCACUAUCGCAGGGGAGAGCUCUCUAACCCCCCCCCUCCUCCACUAUCGCAGGAGCGAGCUCUCGAACCCCCCCUCCUCCACUAUCGCAGGGGAGAGCUCUCGAACCCCCUCCUCCACUAUCGCAGGGGAGAGCUCUCUAACCCCCCCCCCCCUCCACUAUCGCAGGAGCGAGCU